CGCACCGAGCGUCGUGCGUCGCCGGUAGAGGAGGCGUUGGCGCAUCGCAUUACUACCGCUGCUGCUGCUGCUGCUGCUGGCUCUGCUGCUGCUGCUGCAGACACAGAAACCGGCUGUCCUGCCCUGAAAAAGAGGGGGCACACAACCGACACGGUCCGUUCACCAUCUCGUUUGGAGGGAGUCGCCCCGUAGCCGAAGGUUUCACUUUUAAGAGACCACUAACCAGCUUCAGAAUGAUCAAGAACGGACAUCACCACCACCAAGUGAACACGGCAGCCGGGAAAGACGCAGGGACGACCCCCGGCGCUGCAGCGUGCAGUCCCGAGAAGAGGAGGCGAAGAAUCCGGGUGUGGUGCGAUGGCUGCUAUGACAUGGUGCAUUAUGGCCAUUCCAAUCAGCUGCGACAGGCCAAGGCCAUGGGAGAUUACCUCAUCGUUGGAGUGCACACAGACAGCGAGAUUGCAAAGCACAAGGGUCCGCCUGUCUUCACUCAGGAAGAAAGAUACAAGAUGGUGCGGGCCAUAAAAUGGGUAGACGAGGUCGUGGAAGGAGCGCCUUACGUCACCACCCUCGAGACCCUCGACAAGUACAACUGUGACUUCUGUGUCCAUGGAGAUGAUAUAACACUAACAGUGGAUGGUAAGGAUACAUAUGAAGAAGUGAAGAAAUCAGGACGGUACAGGGAGUGUAAAAGAACCCAGGGAGUUUCCACCACAGAUCUGGUUGGCAGGAUGCUGCUGAUGACCAAAGCACACCACAGCAACAUUGAUAGUUCAGACUAUCAGCAGCACACAGACAACUUUGGAAAGGGGUCGCAUGGUCAGAAGGGCCACAGUCCCUGGACGGGGGUCUCUCAGUUCCUGCAGACUUCGCAGAAGAUCAUCCAGUUUGCCUCGGGCCAGGAGCCUCAACCUGGAGACACUAUCAUCUAUGUGGCAGGAGCCUUUGACCUCUUCCACAUUGGCCAUGUGGACUUCCUGGAAGCUGUGCAUAAGCUCGCAGAAAAGCCAUACAUUAUAGUGGGGUUGCACUUUGAUCAGGAGGUGAAUCGGUACAAAGGGAAAAACUACCCCAUCAUGAAUGUCCACGAGAGAACACUCAGCGUCCUGGCUUGUCGAUAUGUGUCAGAGGUGGUGAUUGGUGCACCUUUUGCAGUCACAAAAGAUUUGCUGGACCAUUUCAAAGUGGAUCUUGUUUGCCAUGGAAAGACAGAAAUAUACCCUGACAAGGAUGGAUCUGACCCUUAUGCUGAGCCCAGGAGGAAAGGAAUCUUGCGCACUGUUGACAGUGGGAAUAGCCUCACUACAGAUGCCAUUGUGCAGAGGAUAAUCAAAAACAGGUUGCUAUUUGAAGCGAGGAACCAGAAGAAGGAGGCCAAAGAAAUCGCUGUUAUCCAGGCCAUGAAGCGACAAGAGGAGGAAAAGACUAAAGAAAGAGCCCAGGCUGUGCUGUAGGAAGCUGCCACCUGCCCCAAAAAAGGCACCAUCAACUAAGUGUCAUCAUAACACUGACAAGCUCAAUUAAUCUCAUCUCAUGUACAGUUAAAUCAACCCUUUUGUAAGUGUUCCUAUGACACCCUCCCCACACCAUCUUGGCUAAUAACAGCAGCCCGUUUGUAGCUAGAACGGCAUAAUCUGCUGUGGGAUAAUCAGGUAUACAAUGUGUGUGUAUGUGUGUGGAGGGGGAGGGGGGUCCUAUGUGUAUUAAUAUAUUCUAUAUGCAACUACAUGUUCACGUCAGUCAAGAAAUCAGACAUAUAACUAUUGAGUUUUGAACAAAACAAUUGAAAAACAAAGCUAGAACAAGGAAGAUAUCUCCAUGUCUUCAAUUGUCUAAUUUAUGUCUUGGGUAUUUUUCAGUCCUCAAGUACUUUUUUUUUUUUUGAUAAAAAAAAAAACAAAACAUUUUUAAAUAUUCUAUCAUGGGAUUUGGGCAUUUAAGGAGCAAGUGUGGGCACCUGAGAUGUUGGUCAGGCAUUGAACUAUAGCAAAAAGGAUGUGAUGUGUUAUUUCCAUGGGGCUGUUGCUGCUUUCUGCCCAGCAAUGGGCUUAGCCCCUCCUCAACUGAUCUAUCUUUGUAUAUACUGUAUGUACUGUAUGUAUGUAUGUAUUAUAAAAGUGAUUACAGGCUCUCUGGAGGAUGCUGAAACCACUAGAGAAUCAGGAGAGAAAAUUUCCCUGUUUCUGCAGUUUAAACUUGGUUUGCUUGGAA